GUGGAGGGGGGAACGGCGGCACACACUACACACACUACACACACUGCACACACUGCACACACUGCACACGCUGCUCACACUGCUCACAGGAUUCUUCUCGGGGAAACGAGGUGUGGUUCAUUGCAGGGAGUUUGAUGAACGUGGAUUCUCUGAGUUGAAUUGACCACAGUGAUUCAGUCUGGUCGCAUCCCCGGCCUUUGUUUUUUUCUCUCUCUUGCUCUCGAUCGCUCGCUCGUUUUCUCUCUUUCGCUUUCUGGCUUCCUCGCUCUCUCGCGUCCGCUUUUUUGUCUCUGGUGUCCGCCUUGCGUUCGCUGUUCUGCUGUUCCCUCCUGUCUCUCUGUCUCUCUGUCUCUCUCUGUGUGUCUGUCUCUGUGCGCUCUCUUGCUCUCUCGCUCUCUCACGUCCGCUUAUCUUUUUCUUCUCUGCUGAUCGCCCAGCGUUGACUGUUCUGUUGUUCCCUCACUUCUGCCGCGGUUAAUCUUGGUGUUGAAGACCAGCAGCAAGAAUGGCUGACUCGAAGUCGUGGCUGCAAAUGCCUGACGUUCACCAAAUCAACUGGAAGAGGUGGGGCCUGGUUGGUGGCGGGCUUGCGCUGGCGGUGAUGGCUGUUGUCACUCUGACAAUCAUCACUGUCGUCAUUGGCACACCACUGUUGGUCGUAGGCGGCGGCGCCAUUCUCCUGGCAUCACCACUGAUUUUGUUCACAGCGUGUUGUACUGCUCCGCUUUGGAUUCCGCUGCUUCUUUUCGUUGGUAUCCCGGCUCUCAUCUUCCUGCUCGUUACCGGAGGAUUGACAGCUGUGGUCGCAAUCUCUGCGGUGACAGCGAGUGUCGGCCUUUGGUGGGUCUACCGUUACUACAAAGGGCCUAUGCCAUUCGGUGGGCAUCAGGUUGAGUAUGUGCAGAGGCGCGUCGGGGACACGAUGAAGGGUGUGAUUAACAAGUUCAGAAGCAAGUAAGCUGCAAAUCGGCAGAAAAUGGACUCUGGAGAAGAGUGAUGGGUAGCAGUUAACAUGUCUCUCUCUACGGCACCCUGUGCGCGCGUGGUUGUUCAGCUGCUACUCGGCAGAGAAUGAAGAAGCGUGGUGGGUAGCAGUUAUGUCUCUAGGGCAUCCUGUGCGCGCGUGAUUGUUCAUCAAAGAUCGGGAGUCUGCGAUCCUUGUGGGAGGACAUGGAAGGGCAAUAAAUUUGAUCUGAGUUCGAAGCGUGAGUCUAUGAGGCCCAGAAAAUAACAAAGGGGGUUACCCAAGAGGAUCAUGAGGCUGCUUGGUUGGCCACGACUCGAGAGGAUACGUGCUCCUUCUAGAAAAGUGGCGCGCAAUGUUUUAAUGGAUUCUGAAGCGGUUGGUUUCCAUUGACUGUGUGUCUCUGGAGGUAGUGGCGUGUGUUAACAGGAAAUGAAGAUUCGCCUGACGAGGUCUCCAAUGUGUGCAGAAAGGGGAAGUGUGUUGAAGUACUCCCGGCCUCAUUUUUCUUCUUGGACAUAAAAUGAGCAGAGUGUCUUCGUCAAAAAAAUUCACAAAAAAAAAAAAAAAAAGGGGAGGUCUCACAUCGUGAAUCGAGGGACCCGUGAAAGGGGAGGUCUCAUAUCGUGAAUCGAGGGAGCUGUGCUUGAUGAGGAGUAGCAUGCAUGGUUAGCUGCAUCAGAGAAGUUAUAGGGUUAAUCAGGUGACCAGUUCUUUGGUUGGGGGCAAUGAACAGCUACUUUGGUUGAUGAAGAUUAGCAUGCGUGGUAGCUAUGGUGCACCAGACAAGUUUUAGGGUUAAUCAUGCGAGAAGUUCUCUGGUUGGGGAUGAUCGACAGCUUUUUUUUUUCCUAUUAUCUGCUGAGGAAUAACGAGUGGUAUCCUGCCAGUGGUAUGAUUAGUCCAUCCAUCGGUAGGUCUUCCAUCGCGAAUGGAGCUGACUCCACCGUUCACAGUGGUGCAGUGAAUCGCACAGAUAUCAUCAGAGGGACACAGUGAAUUGCACAUAUAUCGUCACAGGGAAGCAGUGAGUUGCGCAGUUGACAGAUGCCUCCAGAGGGACAACAGUGAAUUGCACAGAUAUCUUCACAGGGAGGCGGCAGUGAGUUGGGCAGAUCUCUUCACAGGGACGCAGUGAGUUGUACAGAUCUCCUCAGAGGGACGUAGUGAAUUGCACAGAUAUCCUCACAGGUGAGUUGUACAGAUCUCCUUAGAGGGACGUAGUGAAUUGCACAGAUAUCCUCACAGGGACGCAUUUAUUUGCCCUGCUGAUUAUGGUGCGGGUCACGUCAGAGGGAUGCAGUGAGCUGGAUGGGUCACUUUCGAGGGACGCAACGAAUUGCACAGAUUAGCGCAGAUCACUUAGGACAGAUUCACGACGGAGUUGCUGGUGGGGAUGUGUUGUCAGCGUCUUGCUGAUAGAUUGAGGAGGUUGUGAGUCGAGUAGUAGGCUAUUUUUGGUGUUAGAGAUUUGUGUCCAUGUCGAAUGUAAAGUUGAUAGGUUUGUGUCCAUGUUGAUUCCUUGUUGAAUGUAAAGUACCAAUUGGGUGUGGUACCAAUUAGUGGUAGUGUUGUCAAGGGUGAGGCCUGACUUGAGAGGAAAUAGUGAUGUAGUCAGACUUGAGAGGAAAUAGUGAUGUAGUCCGGGACUCCGGGAUCAUGUUGUAAUUUCGACCUUGCGGAGUUGCACUUAGAGGAAUCAAUGUCUCACGUUGGAGUUAGUGAAUGUGUAGGUAGCAUUUGCUGCAUUUGUGGACGUCACUCUACAUACGAGGUGGUUGUGUACGUGCUGGGAUUGAGUCACAUCUUCCUAAUGAGCUCAUGUGCCUGUAGUAUGCAUAAGGUUGGUAUGCACUAGUGUCGAGCGUCGGACUUGGGGGAUGGUCUGACGUAAUUUUUGUGAAUGUGCUAGUGGAUCAGCUGUGUGUGUCAGAUCAAGUACGGUGGGUUACAUCCUGGGAUUGUGGCACCAAUUUCAAAUGGACUUGCAAUGGGCAGCAAUGUCAAGCUUUGUAAUUACAAUCAUUUGAGGAAGUGGCAGCUGAAGUAAAUCGUGGUCAAGCCGUGGUUAAGCUGUCACUGUGUAGGAGGAAGUGGCAGCUUUAGUAAAUUGAGGCUAAGGCGUGGUUAAAUUGUCACUGUGCUGCUACAAUCUGCAAUCAGUGUGAGGACUGGCCAAAUUGUCACUGUGCUGCUACAAUCGGCAAUCAGCGUGAGGACUCUGGAAUGAUGUGCGUGGAUCUCUGCUGUCUUUACGGAAAGCGGAGGAACUGAACGAUGGUUGAACUGUGAUGGGGACCUUGCCGGAUCGGAAUCGCUGACUCUCAAUUAACUCGCAGGGGUGGAAUCUUCAUGCUUGGCUGGGGGGACUGUGAUGUUUAUGAUGCAGUCGUCAAGCUCCCACUCAUUCCAAUCAAUUAAGGAAGAAGCUGAGUACGUUGUGGUUAAAUUGUGUUGAAACUGUCGCUGUGAUGUACAGUUUGCAAUCACUGUGAGGGCUGUGGGACCUACCGUCACUGGGUAAGGUGGAGGAAGGAAGGAAUUGGUAACCUUUGAGUGAACCAUGGUGUCGCUGUGAUGUACAGUUUGCAAUCACUGUGAGGGAUGUGGGACCUACUGUCACUGGGUAAGGUGGAGGAAGGAAGGAAUACCUUUGAGUGAACCAUGGUUAGACUGUCACAGCGUUGCGGUUCGUGAUGCUCAGAGGGGAUGGUGAGGCUCAGAGGGGGGGGUUGGAGUUUGGUUACCCCAUUUUGCACCACAGGGCUGUUGACCUGUAAUCGGUUUAUGGUUGUCUUGAUGGUUAUAUGACGUUGGCCAGGUGCAGAAAUGGAAACUAUCGGUUUAUGCAAGGGUGUCUUGAGGGCUUCAUUACAUUUAAGUUUCAAAUGCGCAAAACAGAAUUUAUCUCUGAAGAAAUUAGCUGUACUGUCGCCAUGACAGAGGGGUGGGUGUCAUGAUUAAAGGUGUUGGCUGUAGUGGCAGUCUGUACUGAUUCGACGAGUUCGAGAAAUGGGAAGGGAACACUUGUUUGAGAAAUGGGAAGGGAAGUUAGGGAACCCUUUGUCUGUGGUAAUGAAACAGGGAGUAAGUUUAGAGUGUGAUGUUGAUGUUGGAUGUGGAGUUACCUCUUCAGCUUCAGAGAGGAAAGAGGGGUGAUGAUUCGUUAUGUGACUGUUGUUGCUGUGGAGUAUUGUUGUUGUUGUGUAAUAGGGAGGUACUUCAGAGGGAGGUAUGAAUGCCUUGUCUGUGAGGCAGACACAUGACAUGAUAGUUUCUUUGAGGAAGAUGUACAAUGUUGUAGUUUCCUUGAGGAGGAAGGUGGAAAAUGCGGAGUAGGCGGUAGUCUACUAGUCUGGUCUUUCGACAGUUAGUUAAGGUCAUUAGAGUUCAAGUUACCUCUUCAGAGAGGAAAGAGGGGCGAUUUGGUAUGUAGCAAUUGUUAUUGUGGAAUAGGAAGAUACUUCAGAGAGAGGUAUGGUUGUCAGUUGGGCAGAUGCAUGGUAGUUUUCUUGAGGAAAAUGGUCAUACGUUCUUGAGGAGGAAGACAGAAAAUGUGGAGAAUGCGGGGCAAGUCAUCUUUUUAAAGUGAAAUUCAUGAGAGGUCAUAGAGUUUGAUUUUAUGUUUCAUUCACUGCCACUCAGACGUGCGCACUGAACUUCAUUAGAGAUCAUAUGAGUUCAUAAGUGACAUAAUAGUAAAGUGCAGAUGUCAAU